ACAGAGAAGUCAGGGUAGUUAGAGCUCCUGAAAUAACGUCGUUUUGUGUUGGAUAUACUUGUGAAUAGGAUACAAUAUUAAGGAUAGGCGUUUAUGAACAUAUAAGCAAUACAAUCUAAAAAUUUCAGAAAAUUUAGAGUUGACAUUUUGGAGAUAUUUGAUGUGGAAAAAAAUCUGAAAUGUGUUAGGAAGAUGGCAAAUAUUUUGCUACAGGACUUGGCAAAGCCAAUUGCUGAUGUUUUGGCUGAUAUUAGCUCAUUACCUAAAGACUGCAUUAUACAACAGCUAAUUGAAUGUGGUUCCAUUGAGGAAAUCUUGGAUGCUCGUAAAGAGGCCUUUAAUUCAUCACUAAAUAGGCUAAUAGACUUCUUUAAUGGGGAAGAUUAUAACUUCAAGACUGAGCUGAAGCUGAUAAACAGAAAAAAUGGACCUAAUCAACUUAAACUCCUGGUUAACGACCUGUAUGAGCUAUUUGCCUUUGCCUCAAACUUAUUAGAUGAGAUGCCUACAGGCCCAUUAGCCCCUAUUAAGGACAAGCCUCUUAACAAUGCAUUGAAAACUAUUGUAUUAGCUGUUGAAAAAACCCUGAAGGAGAGGGUAUUAUUUCUUAAUUAA